AUGUUGGUGAUUUGUUGCUUGGCUGAUUCUUACAGUAGAGUAUGUGUACUUAAACAGAUGGUUAUCAAGAAAGAUCCUAGAUUGAUUCCUGUUGAGAUUGCUAAAGCUGGAUUGAAACUCCCAUUAGUGGCAAAACCGUUGUCUGUAGACGGAAGUGCAAAGUCACAUGAGCUCUUCCUUGCUUAUGAUAAUGUCUCUCUAUCUAAGCUCGAGCCACCACUGGUUCUUAAGGAGUUUGUUAGCCAUGGUGGUGUCAUGUUCAAAGUCUAUGUAGUCGGAAAUGCUAUAAAGGUUGUGAGGCGAUUUUCUCUACCUGAUGUCUGCAAGCGAGAACUGUCCAAGCAUGCUGGAGUUUUUCAGUUUCCGAGGGUUUCAUGUGAAAUGUAG